GCGAAAAGUUCCGUUCGACCGUCGAACGGAUAGAAUUUAGAAUCGAAAAAUUUUCCAACCUUACGAAUACAUAUAGAUUUUUAUCAUAUGUAUACUAGAUAGUUAAAUAUUACUUUAUUUUUAAGUUAAUCUACAAGUGAGAUGUGUCAAAGUGCCUUAAAUAAUAAAGAAAAAUAAAAGAAUAGUUACCGAAAAUCCUUGGCUGAAAAGUAAAAGUCAAUAGAAAAUUGCGAAAUCGAAAAACUCGUGUGGGAUCGAAUACAGACAUCGGUACAUAGAUAUAGACACCAAUAUUUUUGUGUGUAUAUAUAUAUUGGUCUCGUAUCAAUUGGAAGUGAUCUGUAGAACGGUGGACCGUUGGGUCGUCUUCGUUCUUUGUGCUGACGAAGAGCUUCUUUUUUUCUAGAAGAAAAGUCGCAUUAAAGCGUAUCGUAAAUAAAAACGCUUGCCAGGCGAAGACCAUCAACACAGCAAUCUUCGUCAUUUUGCAUCGGUAAAUAGAUCGCCACAACCGCAUACCAGAGAUAUUCGCCUUUGUUCUGACUCGAUUGAAGGAAAAAAUGGGUAAUACCGAGUCCACAGAGUCGCCAGAUGCAACGCAGAACCGGAGGCAGUCGGCAGCAGGAGGCGCACAAAGUGACGAGCCCUGGUGGAAUGACAUCGAGCAUGAGAAUCUGAUUUUGGAACAGGCCCCCCAGGAAAUAGCACCCAAACCGGAGGUGGUGCCACCGAAAAUUGUAGGAAAAAUUCAAGAAAAUCCAGUCUUGGAUGCAGCUGCAACAAUGGAAGACAAAGAACAGAGUAUUGAGGAAUUCAAGGAGGAGCUGCGCCAGAAACGAGAAGCUCGUCAAAAUGCUGUUCAGGAUUUGAGAGACGAGGUAGCCAACCUGAAAAGGCAACUGGCCAAGGAAAAGGCCGAAAAUCGUCGCCUGAGAAAGGAAGAAGGCGACGAGGAGCAGCCGGAGGAGAUUCCAGAAGAUCCUAACUUGGAUCCAGACGACGAGAAUCCUACUGCCAGGAGUCGACAUGCCAAUAUAGAACUCGCCAAUGCCCAAUUGGCCCUGCAGCAGGCUCAGGCCGAGAAUUUGACUCUUCGGGGAGAGGUGGAAGUGGUUACCCGCCAGGUGGGCACACUCAAGGAGGUCAUAUCCUGUUGCAAACAAAUGUUGAGCGUCAAGGAAGAGCAGUGUGCUCAGCUCAAGAUGAAGCUAACCCAAAUCGAAAACUCCUUCAGCGAGCGGGAGAUGAAAAUCAUGUCGAAUAACUUAAGGCAGGAGUACGAACGUCAGUUGGUGAACAUCCGCCAGUUGAGGCAGCUUUAUGAGGAACGCCAGAGGGUGGCGGCAGCGGAGUAUGAGAAUCUUCAGCGCUUGAUUUCGAUCAAGAAGGACGAGCUCAUUGCCGAGCAGGAAAAAACCAAAAGCUUUGAGGAACGCAACCAAACCCUUUUAAAGGAGGUUGAGACCGCCAAUGAUGAGUUGGCCAAGUUGAAAGAAGAAUGCAAUGAACACACAUUUGAGAAGCGACUCCUCAGCGAGCAAGUCGGGUCUAUUAACAUGCUCUUCAGUCAAUUAAUCAUGGGUUUCAAUGGCAAGAGCAACCUGGACAUCGAUCGCCUCAAUCAAAUGCUGGAAGAGAAUCGCCAGCUCCUUAAUCAGAUGACCCAGGCUGAAGGAAGCUGCAGUGAUGGCGCUACUCUGCCCAAGUUACUCUUCGAACUUGUGGAACAGGCCACCGGCCAUGGGGAUUCCCCUGACGAGUCUUCGGACAAGAGCCGUAGUGCCACACCCACGCCCACGAACACGCCCAUGGCCACAAACGAGGAUACCACGGACAGUUGUAAACCCGAAACGGCCGCUACUGUCGGAACUGGAGCCGUGGCAGGAGCCGGAGCAGGAGUCAUCAAAAAGUAUAGAAAGAGGAGCUCUGGAGGUGCUGGAGCUGCGGGUGGCACUGCGGCUUCGUUAAAAAGCCAUGAGCCCGAAAUUAUGGGAAAAGUUGCCUCGGCCCAAGAAAUCAUUGGCAACUUGCCAAAAGUUUGGAAAGUGUUGAUGGAGCUCUUGAGCCACCACAAAAUCGAGCGCGUGCAGUUCGAGGAGCUGCCAUCCAGCAGCGGUGUGGCAUCCUCAACGUCAGUUUCUGGAAGGGAUGCUGGCGUUUCUGGUGGUGGAGAUACCCACCGCAAGCCACCGGAGCUAAGCGUCAGCAAGACCUACAUUAAACUGAAGGAUCUCAUUCUCGAGAAAAAGUCGCUGGUGAAGGAGACCACCCGCCUGAAGACCCUCAACAGCCAUUUGGACUACCGGCUCAAUGAACAGGAGAAGCGCUUGAGCGCGGUGAGCUUGGAGCUGACGAAGACGUGGCACCUGGUGGGCAAGAUGCAGCGCCAGCACCGCCAACUCCACACCCAGGAGCAGAUCCUGCGCUACCAACUGCAGCAGAAGAGGCGCCUCUUGAGCGAGCUGAAGGACGAGCUGGAAUACUGUCGGAGAAAGUGGGCAGCUGCCCGGGCCAAGAACGAUGAAAGCCAGGAGCAGUGCGACGAAUGGCGCAGGGAGUUUGCCAGGAGGAAGCUGGAGGAUGCCAAUCAUUCGGCGGAGAGUGGAUACAGCGAUUCGGGUCCGCAGUCGGACGAGGAAAGAGAAGUGGUGGCAGUCGGAGAAGAGGCCACACCUUCAACCUCAGCUUGUCGGCGAAAGUUGCUCCGCGACCAGUUCGAGCACACACGCAGGAUUAAGAGGAUGCAAAGUACAUCGCCAGGACGUCAGGCUUUCGCCGGCCAGGAUGAUGAAACCGAGGAGAUUGUCUUGCGCUGGAACAGUGCUCCACCGACAUGUGGAUGGAGAGAGGUGGAACCAGAACCUACAGAACCUUCCGAAGAGUCACCCGAUGAGGAACUGGAAGAGGGUGGAGCACAGGGUGGCAUACCAAAGACACCCCACAGUUCCAGAAGCCGGCAGAGAGUAGUCAUGCUUGCCGAAUCUUCAGAGUCUGCAGAUGGCACCGCCAGUCGCAUCCAGAGACUUGAGGAACAGUGCAAAUCGCUAAUCCAACAGGUCCUGGAAACCUCUGGUAACCGUGAACGGCUUGAGAUUCAGCUGUGCCAGUUCCAGGACGAAAUCUCACCAGCCCAGCAUGCUGUUCCCCUGGAGGAGUUCAUUAACCGGAAGCGAUUGGAGCGGAUGACGAGGGCCAGUUCAGCUCCGGCUACUGGGACAUUGACCCCGCGGGAAGAAGAGUACACCAGGCGGCGUUCAGAGAGACUGGGACGCCUGGAGGAGGAAUCUCGUCAACUGAUGUCUAGAAUUCGACGCACCGCGGACAGGGGACACUACUUAAAAAAAUCCCUGGACAGGAUUCGCCGAGCACCCAGUCGUGAGGGCAGCUUUGAGAGUAAUACAGAAGAAGAGGUACCGACUCCCACUCCUACGCCCGCAUCAGAGCCGGCUUCAUCUUCCGAUACCAUUCACAAUGAAUCAUCACCAGCUCCCUCGCCUCUGACCGCCGCUGAGGAGGCUUAUACGUCCCGACGAGCUGCUAGGCUUCAACGUCUCGAAGAGGAGGGUCGCCAGUUGAUCACCCAAUUAGCCAGGAAUACUGAAAGGGGAGAUGCCCUUGCCACUAAACUGGAGACUCUACACGAGCAACACAAUCCGGAAAGGCAGCCAGAACAGGCACACACGUCGGCACAAAUCUCACAGACUGUGGAGCAGCGACUGGAGGACAUUGAAAGGGUCUCGGCCCAUCGAGCCGAACGUCUCCGUCUGCUGGAGGUUCAGGGCAAUGAAUUAAUAGCCAGGUUGAGUUCCACAUCCGAAAGGGGCACCGCCAUGAUCAACAGGAUAGCGGAAAGGGAAGCCAUUCGUCGCCAAGAGGCGGAACUCGUAGAGCAGACAUUACCAACGGAAGAGGUCACCAGUUCCGUGAGCCCCAUAGCCUGUACCAGGAUUGUCGGUGAGCCGGAGGACAACGGGGAUGAAGCAGCCUGUUGUGCCACUGUGACUACCACAUCCAGCCGCUUGGCCACUCAACAACAAUCCACGGGAGCCAUUCCCAAGACCACCACGACUUCAAGAAGCAAGCCUCAGGCUCAGCUCUGCGCUGCCACUCGUCAGGAUGAUGCGGUGAAAAAGCGAUCUUCCGGUAAGGAAGUUCCUAAGGAAGAAGCUCCCGAAACACUUGAGGAUAUGGUGCAGCGACUGAGGGCUCUACCUUUUCCAGAGAAAUCCAAGGAGAACUCUAUUGAGAGGAAAGAAAAUAAUGUGGAGGAAGAUCAGUUGCCAGAAUUAAGUUUCAAGGAGUUAGAAGAGAAGGAUCUAGAUGAGCAGAAAGAAUCUGAAAGUAAUGAGCUGCAAGUUUUUCCUGAAAAGCAAGAUGCUGAGGAUAAGGAAAAGGAUAAGGAAAAUAAUAGUCAAGAUAAUGUAGUUGAAGAAAACUAAAAGAUGUUCACUAGAAUAUACACGAUAACGAAUACUCGCUGAAAAAAACUGCUAGGACCAGAUAACUAAACCAAUAUAUGUAUUGUCAGCUGCAUAAAUAAAUACUUUAUAAAUAAAUAUAUAUUUUAUUGUGAAAA